CAAGUGCUCAAGGCAUUUUCCCGCACAGCUCUUAUCGCCCCUGCCUGUUUGAACUGCGAUCUGCCAUGGCAGCCGAACUGAAGGCUGAGAUUGAGGCACUGGUCGCAAAGAUCUCUGACAAGGCAGCAGGCCAAUCAGCUCUUGAAGGCUUGGCCAAGAUUGCAGAGGAGAAAGGCCGGCCAGCCGAGCCUUUCUUGGUGUCCGCCUUCCCAAAGAUCCUGGAGGCCUCCAAUGAUAAGUCCAAGAACGUCAAGGAUGCGGCGGUGGCCACCAGCAAGACCAUCAUGGGUGUGGUCUCACCCUUUGCGGUGGAGAUGCUGCUGCCAGCCUUCCUGAACGGCUUGGCGGUGAAGGCCAAACCACCCCAGAAAGAGGCCACUUUGCAGAUUAUCUCUGCCUUGGCUCAGAAGGCACCCAGGGCGGUUGGCUACUUGCUGGUGAACUUGGUGAGCCCCGUAGCGGAUCUCACUUGUGACAUCAAGAAGGAAGUGAAGCAAGCAGCCUUGGAAUGCAUGACCUCAAUUUGCAACUGCACCGGCAAUAAGGACUUGGAGCCUUUCCUUCCUGCUGUGGUGGAUGCCGCUUCCUCCAUCGACAAGACGCACAGCUGUGUGGAGAAGUUGGCAGGAUGCAUCUUCGUGCAGAACGUGGAGGCGCCCGCUUUGGCAGUCACCAUGCCAGUGCUCACACGAGGCUUGAACGACAAGAACGAGGAGGUGAAGCGCACCUGCUGUCAGAUCGUCGACAACAUGUGCAAGUUGGUGGAAGAUCCUGCAGAGGUGCUGCCCUUGAUGCCCAAGCUGGAGCCUUUGGUGAAGAAUGUGUGCGAGAAGAUUUCUGACCCCGAAGCCCGAGGAGUGGCAGAGAAGGCCUACAAGACCUUGCAGAAGGCGGCUGGAGAAGGAGCUGAAUCCAUCCAAUUGGUCUCAAUGGAGGCUGCCAAGAAGCAAGUCCAAGAUGCCCUGGGUGACAAGAAGGGCUCAGGAGAAGUCUAUGAGGCUGAGCUGAGCCACGUGUCGGCCCUGGCAGCUUGUGCUGCAAACAUGCGGGUCUUCGAUGACAGUGCUUGGAAGAAGGAUGUGGGAUACUUGGCACCCUUUGAUAGUGUCACUGAGCAGCUUCGUGCGAAGAUGGAGGUGGCUGCCAAGCCCAAGGAGGAAGUCGAAGAGGAAGACACCGAGGGUGUAGACCUCUACAAGGGUGCUUUCUCUUUGGCGUAUGGAACUUUGACACUGCUGCGGGAUGCCAAGAUGCACCUGAAGAGGAAUCGCUUCUAUGGUCUCCUGGGUCCCAACCAGUGCGGCAAGACCACACUCAUGCGUGCCAUCGCCAAUGAACAGUUGGAGGGCUUCCCAAAGCGAGAUGAGCUGAAGAGCGUCUUUGUCGAGCAUGAGAUCGAGGAUGAGGAAGUGGGUGUGCAGGACGAUGGUUUCCCCAUCCUCUCAGUGGACAAGCCGGGCUGGUGGUGGGUGGUUCACACCUGCAACGACGUCUACAAGCUGGAGCCUCCCGUGAAGGAAGACACUGUGAAGGAGCUCAUGAAGUCCAUUGGUUUCGGCUACCCAGGCGGCCCAGAUCGUGCUGCCAACUUGGAGCUGCCUGUGACCUCCUACUCAGGUGGCUGGAAGAUGAAAAUGCAGCUGUGCGCUGCUCAGCUGAUGAAUGCAGAUGUCUUGAUGUUGGAUGAGCCCACUGGUCACUUGGAUGUCGACAACAUCAAGUGGUUGGAAGAUUGGUUGGAGUCCUUCUCUGGUUCCAUCAUUUGCACUUCUCACUUCAGUCCCUUCCUGGACAAGAUGUGCACGCACAUCAUCGAUUUCCAGGACAGAAAGCUCAAGACCUUCAAGGGGGUGAAAGGAACUUGCUUGACUCAGUUCGUGGAGAAGUACCCUGAGAAGAAGGCCUACUUCGAGAUCAGCAAUGAGACCAUGAAGUUCGUAUUCCCCGAGCCCGGGCCUUUGGAAGGUGUCAAGAGCCGCAGUAAGGUCAUCCUCCGCAUGAACAAUGUGAGCUUCACAUACCCCACCAAGGAGAAGCCGACCAUCAUGGACGUAAGCCUCACCGUCUCACAGGUGAGCCGCGUGGCAGUGAUCGGCGCCAACGGCGCGGGGAAGUCCACUGCCAUUAAGGUCUUGGUGGGAGAGCAGCUGCCCACGGAAGGCUCCAUUUGGAAAGCACAGGGCCUGCGACUGGCUUACGUGGCUCAACACGCUUUCCACCACUUGGAGAAGCACAUGCAGGAGACUCCAACUGCACCUCGGCCAAACAACAGACCGAACCUGUUACUGUACUGUUUCCCCACCUGUCAGGUGAGGGUUGUUAAAUUUUAGAAAAGGAUCCCGCGACUCCUCCUUCUCCUUCUUCGUCUUCUCCUUUUCCUCCUCCUCACCUCACAACAGAAAGCGCCAGAUCACAAAAAGCUCCAGAUCGCAGUGGGCACUCGGACGUCAACAGCAAUCGCCAGAUCACAGUGGACACUCCCGCAUCUCAACGGCAAGCAGCAAGCUCCAGAUCGCACACUCCCGGACCUCCAUCGCUUGACUUACACAAGCCAGACUUGAUGCCAGAGCCAGCGUCAGAACAUUGUGCCAAUCUCCAUGUCCACCUUUUUCACGCUAGUCUGUCAAUAGAUGUGCCCAGCCUUCUUCCAAAUCGCCUUUCAGCGUGGGGGUCGAGAGUGCAAGCUGCAACCGCAUACAUCAUGUGGCGCUUUGCGGGCAACGAUGACCGUGAAUCCUUGGAGUUCAAAACCGAUGAGCUCUCGGUGGAUGAAGAGAAGGCUCGUUCCCAGAAGUGGUGCAUCGACAGCGUCACUGGGAACGUGCGACGCUGCACUGAUCCCAAGGAAGAUGCCAAGAAGGCAAAGCAAGAUGAGGCUGGGGCCGUCAUUCCCGAUGCCAUUGUGAACAGGCGCCAGAAGAAGAAGGAGAAGACCUUUGAGUACGAGGUGAAGUGGCAGUUCAAGAGCAUGGAUCAGAACGUUUGGGUCGAGAAAGACAUCCUGGUGAAGAUGGGCUACCUCAAGUUGGUGCAACGAGAAGAUGAGCGACAGGCGGCCAUGGCUGGUUUGAUGACCAAGCAGUUGACCCAGCCUGGCGUCGAGAAGCACCUGGCGGACUUUGGAGUGGAUGCUGAGAGCGCCUCCCACACUCAGAUCAACCAGCUUUCAGGUGGCAUGAAGGUGAAGGUGGUGUUGGCUGCGGCCAUGUGGCAAAACCCCCACGUCUUGAUCUUGGAUGAGCCCACCAACUACUUGGACCGUGAGGGUUUGGGAGCCUUGGUCUUGGCCAUCAAGGACUACAAGGGUGGUGUGCUGAUCAUCUCCCACAACAAGGAGUUCUGCGACAACGUGGCCACUGAGAAGUGGAUCAUGCAAGGUGGGCGCUUGCGCAUUGAAGGUGAGUCUGUGGACACUUCCAAGGAUGAUGGCAGUGCAGCUCAAGGACCGGAUGAAGUCUUUGAUGGAGCGGGCAACAAGAUUGAGGUGAAGAAGAGCAUGACCAUGACCGAGAAGGACAAGAAGAAGGCCAUCAAGGACAUCGAGAAGAAGAUCAAGGAUGGCAAAAAGAAGCAGACCUUGACUGAUGAAGAGGUUUGGGAGUUGGAGGACAAGCUCAACGAGCUGAAGGAAAGCCUGAAGGGCAAGGAGUGAGUGCAGUGAGAACUUUCUCUCUAGCCGC